AUGCAAGAAAGACUCAGAGAGCUCAAUAAAAGCCUUCCACCCGUCAGGUUGGGAGGAUAAGAGAAAGAAAGUAAAGCAACUACAGAAGAUGGCUUUGGGAGUUCCAAUAUCAGUCUGCCUUUUGUUCAACGCAAUGACAGCACUGACAGAAGAGGCAGCCGUGAUUGUGACUCCCCCAAGCUCAGUCCAGCAAAGUAACUGGACCGCGAACAAAACUGAAGAUGACUAUGCAGAAGGACCCAUAGCCUUGAGGUUUUCUCACCGUUGCCUGGAAGAUCAUAAUAGCUACUGCAUCAAUGGGAUGUGUGCAUUCCACCAUGAGCUAGAGAAAGCCAUCUGCAGGUGUUAUACUGGUUAUACUGGAGAAAGGUGUGAGCACUUGACCUUAACUUCAUAUGCUGUGGAUUCUUAUGAAAAAUACAUUGCAAUUGGGAUUGGUGUUGGAUUAUUAAUAAGUGGUUUUCUUGCUAUUUUUUACUGCUACGUAAGAAAGAGGUGUCUAAAACUGAAAUCACCUUACAACAUCUGUUCUGGAGGGAGACCACUCUGAGGAUUUGUGGGCGUUUUCAUCAUGUCAUUUGGGAAACUCAGUGGGCCCCACAUUGAAAUCCUCAAGUGAAAGAACCAAAACGUCAAGCUGUCUAGACUUGAAAAGAAUGAAAAUUGGGAUCACAAUGAAAUAAGAGGAUAAGAUUCAACAUUGGUCUUUAGACUUUGCCAUCAUUAGGAGCCAUGGAAGCCAAGUGAAUGAGCAACAAAGGAAGAGGUCAAGUUUGCAAUCCCAACCUGGGUUUGUUGUUUGGUUAUUGUUCACACUACAAAAAAAAAAUUGUGUUUUGUGCUUCUGACCAUGUCAGAUGUAGGUUUUCCUGGGAAUAAUUGUCAUCCUUGCAGCAAGCUGAAGCAAUUCCAAGUUCUGCUUGCUACCCAGCAUUUGGAUAGCACAACCUAAAUGUGGGCUCUUUGUUCACUCAGUGGACCUCAUCCCAAGCAUUCUGUUUUUAUAGCAUCAAAUGAGUUUAAUUUCAAUUUUAGGGUGAUAUCAGUGUUAUGGCAUCUUGAGUGAACCAAACAUGUGUCUUAAGUGCAAGCCAUUGAAAAGAAAUGAAUGUCCAAAGCAAACACAAAUCAUACCUAGCUUAUGAUAAUACUGUGCAACUUUUAUCUGUGAAACAUGGAAUAAGCUAAAGACUUUCUCAGAACUAAAAGCCAUCUGGAUAUCAAAUCCAGAGUAGGCUAAGCAUUUCUUUUCCAUAUGGAUUAUGAAAUUCUCUGUUGGACUUAUGUUCCCUCUCCUUUUGUCACUUCUAGUCAUUAUCAGUGGUAUUAACUGAUGACCAUCCAUUUGAACUGAAAUUCAAGACUUCGGGUCUAAAAUGACUAAAAGUCUACAACUGGUCCUGAAGUAGAAACUGACAAACUAGACAUGAGAGUUAUUUCACCAGCCAACAGCGUGUGGAAACUUCACCCCGUUUCUGAACAGAUUUGCACAUAAAAAAAAAAAAAUGGAGCAAUGGUAGAAAUAACAAUUUGGGAACCAAGGUCCUUCCUUUUUAAUUAUACUUCUGCUACACAAUUCGUACAGUCUUGUGCAGGUCCCUUAAUUUCCUGGGGCUUUGGUUUCAUCUUCUACAAGACUCUUGUGGUUCUGAAGUUUAACAAUGAGAGAAGAAAGAAGUUUUCUGCACUAUUAAGUGACAGAUGGAAGUGACAGUUCUAUCAUCAAACCAACCCCAAAGCCCCAAAACACAUCACUAGCCAUUAUCUUAGAUGUAUAUUUUAAAGAUCAAUUUAUACAAUAAUAAUUUAUUUUUAAGAAAAAUAUAAAAUUAAAUUAAAGAAUUAUAACAUUAAACGUCUUUAAGUUUCAACCUAAUAGUGUUGGCUCCUAUUGUGAUGUCGAUAAACAAAACAAUUUUGAUCAUGAGAUUGACAGAAAAUCAAACUUGAAUGUUUGAACAAUGGCAGCCUAUUAAUAAGCCUUCGUUUGCAUUAAAUUAUAGAUUUUUAUUCGCUCCUAACUUCCCAUUUCGCUUUCCUUUGAAGAGAAGGAAUUUCACUUGCUUUGGUUUUCCUUCAGAAGGAAUUUAACACAGAUGAAUCACAGGUCAGCACUUUCUGCCUGUCUUCACACAGCAUGCAAAGAUUACAUCACCCCAAGGGGUGGGGAGCCAAGGUUCCACCCAUGACUCCAGCACCGCACCUAGAAAGCUGUGCUCUUCCUGAGCAUUUCAAAAAGAUGUAAAAAUACCAGGGAGAGUCCAGGAAGGCGUGUCUUUAAGUAAUUAAGGACUGCCUCUUAAUGAAAGGAAAGAGGAAGCAAUGAUAGUGACUACAGAAAUGGUAACCUAAAUGCUUACAAAUAUUGGCAGUCUGUAAAUGCCUGCCAGUUUUAAACUUAUUACAUUGAAAUUAGAACAACGUCACAGCAGUUAAAAUUUUCAGCACUGCUAAUCCAAAAUGUUAAUCCAAACAAAUGCUAAUACAGAUUCCUUCUUUCACCUAUGGAAAAGUAUUCAUUAACAAUAUAAAAUCUACCCAGUGAGACUGUACAGAAAUUUACAAUAUGGUUUAUGAAGCCAUCUGUUUGUGGUCUGUCCUAUGAAAUAAUCUUGUGAUCCCGUAACUCCCAGAGUUAAUUUUGCAGGAAGGAAUCUCUGGCAUUCCCAUAGAGCUGGAGCCCCACCUGGCAACAUUUACAUACAUAAAGGACUUGUACCUUGUGUGGGGGGGGGGCGGAAUGCAUAAAUACAAGAUGAUCUGUCAAUUGUUUCAUCUUGUACAUUUUUUUCUCCUGUAUGCAGUAAGACCCUGAAAAGUGCCUACCCAUGAACUUGCAUUUGAACUCCACUUGCAGCCAUCAAUCAGGGAUCAUUAAGUUGGGUGGAUGACUUAGGAAAGAAAUGACAGCAUGCUGCUGGCAUCUUUCACUAAAUCAACCUGGCCAAGGGGUUCAUCUGCUUCUUUCAGUCCCCCUUUUGUCUCUUCCUUAUGUCUAUCCUUCAAUUCUUUGAGAACACUUUCUUAGCUCAUCAGUAUUGAGAAGUACAUCAUUAUUUAGCACUUUGAUGGGAUGGGGGCAAACAUUACAAAAUCUCCUCUCUGAGCCAGUAAAUCUCCAAUUAAAAGAAUUAAAAUUGCUUGUCAUUGUAUCCUCUCUCCCCAAAUUAGCUUUUUUGUACAAUCAUGUUUUUAUAAAGUUUGAAGAGGGUGAAAUUAUAACAUAGCUCGUCUUUCAAAAUGCAAA